GACGCGGACAAAACGGCCGUGGGGCGGCGGGGCGGGGGACGCGGCCAUGGAGGCCGAGGGCUGCCGCUACCAGUUUCGGGUCGUGCUGCUGGGGGACGCGGCGGUGGGCAAGACGUCGCUGCUGCGGAGCUACGUGGCGGGCGCGCCUGGCGCCCCGGAGCCCGAACCCGAGCCCGAGCCCACGGUGGGCGCCGAGUGCUACCGCCGCGCGCUGCAGCUGCGGGCCGGGCCGCGGGUCAAGCUGCAGCUCUGGGACACCGCAGGCCAGGAGCGCUUCAGGUGCCUCACCAGGUCCUUUUACCGGAACGUGGUGGGUGUCCUGCUGGUCUUUGAUGUCACAAACAGGAAGUCCUUUGAACACAUCCAUGACUGGCACGAGGAGGUCAUGGCCACUCAGGGCCUGGACAAGGUGAUCUUUCUGUUGGUUGGCCACAAGAGUGACCUGCAGAGCACCCGUUGUGUCUCAGCCCAGGAGGCCAAGGAGCUGGCUGCCUCCCUGGGCAUGGCCUUCGUGGAGACCUCAGCUAAAAACAACUGCAACGUGGACCUGGCCUUUGACACCCUCGCUGAUGCUAUCCAGCAGGCCCUGCAGCAGGGGGACAUCAAGCUAGAAGAAGGCUGGGGGGGUGUCCGGCUCAUCCACAAGACCCAAAUCCCCAGGUCCGCCAGCAGGAAGCAGCACCCAGGCCCAUGCCAGUGUUGACUCUAGGAGAGAAAGGGUUAAAGCAGUCCCAGCCUCAGCCCACAUGGUGGCAUGGGAAUGUUAGUAUCUCUCUGGAGGACAAAUUCCAGAAGGGCUCAUAUAAACAGUAUCUGGACACAGUCAUGCUUCCUGGAUUUUGGAGUCAAAGCUUUCUACAGAAAAGAAAGGUCUGAUGGCUGGGUGGGGUGGGUCACUCUUCUUGGGCGGAUCACUUGAGGUCAGGAGUUUGAGACCAGCCUAGCCAACAUGGUGAAACCCUGUCUCUCCUAAAAAUACAAAAAUUAGCCAGGCAUGGUGGUGCAUGCCAGUAAUCACAACUACUUGGGAGGCUGAGGCAGAAUUGCCUUAGUUAUCUCAUGAACCAAAGAGGACUAAGACAAAGACAAAAGGUUCUGUUUGAAAGAAGGGGUCAGGGGACUCUGCUUCUAGUGAACGAAGGCCCUGAGGUUUUACAGCCCUUCGUGGUCAGCUACUUGAUUUAUCAUAGGUUCAGCAGGUUCCAGAUGUUCAGGUAGAUAGACUCAAGGAGCACGGGACCUGGCGUGUGACUGCCCUCAACAUUCCUUCUAGCCACACGCAGUUUGUCAGUUUGACAUCCUGCUUUCAUGAGGAGUUUGCUGUUUACUCCUAUAGCCUCCAGAGGUAUAUUGAGUUGGUCACGCCCCACAUUCUUGGGGUCUCCAGCAGAGAAUCGCUUGAACCCAAAAGGUAGAGAUUGCAGUGAGCUGAGAUUGCACCACUGCACUCCAGCCUGGGUGACAGUGAGCCUCUGUCUAAAAAAAAAAAAAGAAAAAAGAAAGAAAGAAAGAGAAAGAAAGAAAGAAAGAAAAAAAACACAGAAAAAAAAAAGAAAAUAACAAACAGAAAGAAAGAAAAGAAGAAAGAAAGGUCUGAGAGACCAGAUGUGCAAGUCCUUGAGCCUUAAUGUCCUUAACUGUCAAUGGGGCUUGUAAAAGAUCUCGCCUUGCAGGGAGGUAGUGGCCAUGAAUGAGAUAGUGUCCAGGGUGUGCUCACCCAGAGCCUGCCAUGCUAUGAAUUGCAUGACAAAAGCUCUCAUUCCCACUCUCUUUCUUGGCUGCAAUGUGGCUACUUUGGCAGCAUUCCUGAGCUUAGACACAGAAGCCAGCAUCAGGAAGCUGCUGCACGGGCAAAGGCAGGUGUGGGAAAUUCCAAGGGGAGCUUGGCUUGGAGCCUCCUUAGGUCCUCAGGCUAAAAUGAUUCUGGGCAUGGGAUUAAUAUGUGAUGUCAAACCCAGGGUUGCUGGCCAAUGCCCCCACCCCGGGCCCAGGGGCUGAAUGAAAAUGGAUGUUGGAGGCUGGGAUGAACAUGAAUGUGCAGCAAUUAUGUUGGGCACAGAGUGGCCACUAUUAUGAGCCACCAAGAUCCCCCUUCCUGGCUGGGGAACCCAUCAACCCUCUCCCCAGCUGCUGGAGUACCACUGGAUGAUUUCAGCUUGCAGCACUUUCUGGGAAAGGCCAACCCCUCAGGGCAGCCAUAUCCAACAUCCAUCUACACUGGGGGGCCUUCAAGGCCUUGCCCUCUUGACCGAGCUGUGGACGACUCUGAAAGUCAAACCCAACUUUAUCAGUCUCUAUGGGCUUCAUUGAGGACACUGUUGUGACAACAUCACAGCCAAGUUAUCCCGAUGCCCAAUCCGGCUUCCUUUUCUUCUUCCCCAAAACAGGUAUUCUCAAGAAUAUCCCCUAAUAAACAUCUGCACACUUGUCUCCAUCUCGAAA